CUUUCCAGAUUUAUCUCUCAGUCGCAGCGCAGCGUCAAAGAUAAUAAAGUGCGUCAAGCGGAGGAGAUAACAAGCGGCGGACGAGAAGCCAGUGACUGAGCUCUGAGCCGGAGUUUAUGUACAAAAUGACAUUUGAGGAGCUAAACGGAGAUUAUUCUCAAGAAAGAAUGGAUUCAGUGGCGAAGGCUUUGGAAGAAGUCCUCAGCUCGGCUCUGCCGCAGGGCUGCAUCACAGUCGGUGUGUACGAGGCGGCCAAGUCUCUCAACGUAGACCCUGACAAUGUGGUUCUGUGCAUCCUGGCCACCGACGACGAGGACGUGAAAGACGUGGCCCUGCAGAUCCACUUCACCCUCAUCCAGGCUUUUUGCUGCGAGAACGACAUCAACAUCCUCAGAGUCAACAACACCCGGCGCCUGGCAGAGAUCCUGGGAGGGGGAGCUGGUGGGAAACAGACCGGAGGGGAACCCAUGGAUCUCCACUGCGUCCUGGUCACUAUCCCACACUCGACGUCGUGGAAGGACCCCGCUUUGAGUAAAGUGAACCGCUUCUGCAGAGAGAGCCGCUGCAUGGACCAGUGGGUACCAAUCAUCAACCUGCCUGAGCGAUGAACCUCCAGCUGCACAAACCUGUGAAAGGACAUGUACUUCACCAGCACAGGGAAAAUGGUGUGAACCCUGUUGGACAUCGUGCCACCCAGAGAUCAAAUUCCAAAGCACUGCUGAUGGGGAAAGAAAAUUUUGGGGAGGAAAUAAAAGACCCUGCUGUCUACAUGGGAUGUAUUUAAAAGAAGAAGAAGAAGAAGAGGGCCGCUGGAUGGACUUCCACUUUGGACAGGACUGUUUGAAGUUCCGUCUGUCAGCCUUUGAGAUGGCGAGAUUUGAAAAAAAAAAAAAGAAGAAAAGCCUGUGUGCUUUUUAAUGUGAAGCUGGACACUGUGCAGAAGGAGUAUACCAUGUGUUUGUUUGGUAAAGCCUCUGUUACCAGUCGGAGCAGUGAGGAGAAACUAGAACAUGGAGCUGUUGAGUGGACCAAGGCCUCGGCCUCUCUCUGCAGAAACAAAGCACUUGUUGAAACACUGGACCUUUUUGCAAUUUCACUUAUUUGAUUUCAAUUGUUCAUGUUGAUGUUGCUAUUGUCAUAAUUUAAAAAGGGAAGGGCUACACAUCCAGUGAAGACACUCUGUGUAUUUGGUGUUUCCUAUGCCAGCUGGUUUUCUGCCAAAAGUAAAAUAGUUCUUUUGUUACAAUUCUAAGUUAUUUCUAAUGAUAUUUAAGUGUAUUUAUGUUUCAUUUUUUUACAUAAACUAUUUGCAAGAAUCUGAAUACAAAACAUACACACAUAUGUAUUGCUGUCAAUAAAAAGUAUUUUUGGAGUCAGA